CAGAGCCUGCCUCGGCGCGGGGGCGGCAGCUUCGGCCCGAAGUCUCUUCCUUUGGACUUUUGGUUUGACGUCAUCUGUCCAUGAGCAAAUCUCUUCCUGCAGCAAGAAGUAUUGAAUAUGGGAUAAAUAAUUGUGUCGGCUCCAGACCCGGGCUGCGGGGCGUCGGUGCGGCUCCACCAUGUCGAAGGUGUCCUUUAAGAUCACGCUCACGUCGGACCCGCGGCUGCCCUACAAAGUACUCAGUGUUCCUGAAAGUACACCUUUCACAGCAGUCUUAAAGUUUGCAGCAGAAGAAUUUAAAGUUCCUGCAGCAACAAGUGCAAUUGCUACCAAUGAUGGAAUAGGAAUAAAUCCGGCUCAGACUGCUCGAAAUGUUUUUCUAAAGCACGGUUCAGAACUACGAAUUAUUCCUAGAGACUGUGUUGGAAGUCAUUAAUACAUGCAACUUGGAGCACAGUGACCAACCAGAAUAAAUAUUGAUGUUUGUUGUUGCUGUGAAAUUUAAAUCAGGUAUUUAAGAUACUAUGAAAAUAACAAGAAUCAAAGAAACAAUGAA